AUGUCCGAUAAAGGUUAUGGUGACUGUAGUAAUCGGAAUGUGGUUAAAAAUCCUCUUCUGUCCACCGCCGUGACUGGGCUCUCCGUCGAAGAUUUGACGCAUAAUGCAGUCUUAUUACCAGCGGUGCCCAGCCAGGAACUAAUAACAAGACAAGUGUUUAGUGUGUCAGUUUGUUUAUGUGAAGCCAGCCAUGUCUUUUUUGUACAAGUCGUAUAG